AACCGUCAAGUUCCAUGUUUGUAUCUUGAAAUUGAGAGCAGAGAGAACUCCAUGUUGUAACAAAGUUAUUAACAAGAUACUCCCCCGUUUUAGUUUUCUUUUUUCUUUUUGUUGCUUUUUAGAUUUGUUAUUGUCAUUUUCUAAAAAAAAACAUUUAUGGAUAAAGUAGAUUUAUAGAGUUAAAGGUCGGAGGUAAUUACAAUAUAAUAAUACACAUUUGAAGCAACAGGCUAUACAGGAAUUUCAGAUCUAAUGGACAAUCACUCCACGUCCAUAAUCACCCAGGUUAGCAGAGAUGAAGAGGUCAAUACCCCUUUGCAAGAAAAAGAUGCCCAGAUUCCAGAUUCCUCCUCCUCCUCCUCGAAGAAGAAGAGGAAGAAUAAGCCACAAAGCAGAGGUCUUUUCCACAGCCUGUUCUGCUGUUUCUGUCCGGAUGAGUCGGACCACAUACCAGCCAACAGCAAACCACCCCCCCUGGUGGAGGAAAAUGGAAGUGUCUCAAAAGCAGUGAAACCCCUCCUUCCCCAAAUAAAAAGUCAAGAUGUGGGGAAGAUCUGUGUGCUCAUUGACCUUGAUGAAACACUAGUCCACAGUUCAUUUAAGCCAGUGAAUAAUGCAGAUUUUAUCAUUCCUGUUGAAAUUGAUGGGACAGUUCAUCAGGUGUACGUAUUAAAGCGCCCCCAUGUGGAUGAAUUUUUACAGCGCAUGGGUGAACUCUUCGAGUGUGUGCUGUUCACUGCCAGUUUAGCCAAGUAUGCAGAUCCGGUUUCUGAUUUGCUGGAUAAGUGGGGUGCAUUCCGUAGCCGGUUGUUCCGGGAGUCGUGUGUGUUCCACCGUGGCAACUACGUCAAGGACUUGAGCCGUCUGGGGCGUGAUCUCAAGAAGAGCAUCAUCAUCGACAACUCCCCAGCCUCCUACAUCUUCCACCCAGACAACGCUGUGCCUGUAGUUUCCUGGUUUGAUGACAUGUCCGACACAGAGCUGCUCGAUCUCAUCCCUUUCUUUGAAAGACUGAGUAAAGUGGAUGACGUCUACACAGUACUCAAACAGCAGCGGACUAUAAGUUAGCAGAACGGCAGGGCUGUCUGGAUGGGGAGGGACUGGUGGGCACGGGCUCCACCCCUUCUUCUUCUAACCAAGAAGUCAGAACUACCCUUUUCUUCAUGACCUACCCAGAAUUCCAUUCACAGGAAAAUGUGGCGGAAAAGCUGAGCGGAUGCAAGUUUGGAAAGUGUGGGGGGUGGAGCUGUGAUGCACUUCAGGAAAAAAAAAGAUGUAUAGAACAUUUUUAACACUUGAAUAUGUGUUAUUCACUAUUUUCAGUGUUUUAUUAUUUUAAGAGAUGAGGGUUGGGGGGUGGUCCUGUCGUACUUUUAAAGGAAAAAUAUACUGUAAGAAACGUGACCAAAUCUUCGCAAUCAAUUUAAAAAAAAAAAAAUAUAUAUAUAUAUAUAUAUAUAUAUACACACACAACCUGUGUCGCAAAUUUUGAUAUCACCUGACUUUUAAAAUGGUUUAAAAAAUUCAGUUUUGAAUAUCCUUUUCAUUGCCCGUCAGUUGAUUCUGCUGCUAAAUGAGCAUAUUUAUUGAGAUCAUACAGAAUAAAAUAAAUUAGCUCAGCAUGUAUUCUGCAUUGGUUUUGAUGCAAAUAACCAUACUUGGUGAUGGAGCUAUUACUUAGAUUGUUACUUUAACACAUAUUUUUGGAGACUGCAGGCCUGGAGUGGACUAAAAAGUAAAAUAAUUGGGAGUCUAUUCAUGUCCUUUUGUAACAUAUUUUAUAAAACACCUAUUUGGCUUAACAACUUUUGGUUUUCAGUUUUGUUUGAAUUGCUCAAGUCCACUGAUCUGAUUUUUUUUUUCAUGAAAUGUCUUUAAAAUAUAAAGUACUGAUGAGUAUAAAUCUUGUGCAAGGAGCUGUGGUGUAGUUGCCCCUGCAAUGUGCCUCAGGCUUGCCCUGGAGGGUGGGGAGGUCAUUCAGGAACCAUGACUGUCCGACCUUCAGCCUGUAUGUGAAACUGGUGACAGAGGAGCCAGUAUGUGCCAAUGUGGGCUAUGUUUAGGCUUGUUACUGUUCGAUUUUAAAAAAUGUUGCCAAAUCGACGAUUAAUAUCGACGUUUAUUUUAGAAAGAAUUUACUGGGGUUUUUUUUCAAUCUUUAUUUUUCAAUUCAAGCAGAGAAUGGAUGAUAUCGACCUUUAUGCUUUAAAAAAACCCAGACUUUUUAUGCCAUUGAAAAACUUCUUAUUUAGCGAAACCCCUUUAUCAUAUUCAACAUGCAACUAAACCAUGGUUACCAACAUUCUAAUUGAAAUAACAUUUGGUCACAGCUGAGCUAUACAUUUAAAAUGGUCUCAAACCGUAGUAAACGCAGCAUAUAAAAGUGUAUUACACAGACCGUUAUAGCAUAAAUUUACAAGUAAAAAUAAUAUGCACAGAACAAAACAUUAGAUAGUCGAACAGAACUAACUUGCACUUAUUAUUCGGAGUCUGAGCUCCCCCCUCUCCUGCUUCAGCACAGCCGGACUCAGAGUCACUGGAAGGCAAGGCAGACGGUUUGUCCUGCCGCGGAGACUUCAGCCGUCGGCCAGGGUAUUGUGCACUAUAUUCAUUAAGUGUUUUCUCUUGCGCCCCAUUUUCAAAUCAAACUAGUAACUGUCACCGUAUACCUAAAGCACAAGCUUACGUACACCUUAACCCUCUAAUUUCAAAGUAGUCGCUUUGAAUGACAGGCGUUGUAUCUGGCAAAUGAGAGCAUUCUAGCACUUCAGUCAGCUUCAGCUUCAGUCAACGAGAUCUGUCAAAACAGGGUGAAAUGACAGUAUAACUACAGUACUGAUGGACCACUGAGAUGACUGACUGCGACCCCCCGCCAUUCAGAGCGGAACAGAAAUGGGACAGACAGCAACUAUAAAAACUACACAAACUAGAGAGGAUUGAUCAUUUCUUAAUGAUUAUUUUUGGUAAGAAAAUAAAAAAUAGCAAAUGGUUUUACCGACAUUUAUCUUACAUAAAUUUAUUUCUAUCAUAUUUUUCAGGAAUUUGAUAGUUAACAAGCUUUACCCAUUAAUAUCGGAAAGUAGCAAGCCUAGUUAUGUUAUGUGAUGUGGACAUUUAUUUUUCUACACAUGGCAGCAAAAAGCAUCACUCAUGGUCCAAUUUAGUUUUGUGUUUGUUUGUGUGUGUCUGGGGUUUCUUUUGCUUGAUGUUAAAAUACAACAAAUGGCUUUUGUUUGUUUUCUGUUUUUGUGAGAUCUCAAUAUUUUGGUCCCAGUGUGCCGCCAGACAGAACCGAGAACUAAUCAGAGGGCUAAAAGUGUGAGUUGCGUGAAAAUGGCAUUUUACUAUAUUGCAUGUUAAACCAGCACUGCUGUACAAUAUUGAGGUCCUUAUCUCGGGAUCCCUUGUGUAUCUUCAUUUGUAAAGUUAAGUAAUAACGAGAAGACUGUGUUCUUUAUAGAGUUUAAAUAAUUAUUGUCUGCUGUAUAUUGUCCCACUCCUGUUUCUCUCUUCGGGACCACUAAUAUUGUAUUUUUAUUUUAUUUAUUUUAUUUUUUGUUAUAACCAGGUCUUAAUAAAUAUCUUUAAUUGGUUAAGAAGACUUACAAAGUUUAAAGGUGACACACGCAGAACCAACCAAACGUUUUAUUUGAUACUAUACAUUUAUUGUAGCUAUGGGAACUAUGCUCAAAAUAAUUACAAGGCAUAGAGAGGAAUAAAUAAAUAAAAACAACUAAAUAUGUGUUCUUUCAUAGAAUAUAUUCAAUAUGUUGGUAUUUUUUUUCACUGCUGUAUUAAUGUUUCUAGUAAACUAAAACAAAGGGCUGUGUGUGUGUGUGUGUGUGUGUGUGUAUAUAUCAAUCAAUCACAUAAUUACUGUAUACUGUUUUAGGUUUCAUUUUGUAGCAUUUUGAGGUUUGGCUCUCCUCAGUUAUGGUCUUUUCACAUCAAGCACGUAGCAUCAGAGCGUCAUUGGCGUCAGGUUGCUUUUACAGCAAAAGUGUCAAUCAAUCUGAAGCGCUGUCACUAAACAUAAAAUUUCCUUAAAGUAGAUAAUUAAGUUUUUCGAACCUUCAGCAUUAAGUACUGUAACAUAAAUACUAUCUCAGGAUCACUAAAGUUCUGUGUCUCUUGCAGAAAAAAGUAGUAUACAUUACACAUGUCAUUAGUCUGCCGUUGUGGUGCUAUCAUUGCCACACUCUUUACCAUACGUCAUGACUGUGGAACGUUCAGUGCCUUCCCAUUUGACACAUGCACGGACAUACACUCACAACAAUGACUGCAUUCUUUAGAAUUAUUUAUAAAAUUGUUUGAACACUUCCUACCUGUUGAUACAUACAGCACUUGCUAAUUUAUUGAAACAAAAAAACAGGAUAGCACCCUUUAUAAAAUAAUUAUUAAAUAAUGCUUGCACUUGAUUACUUGCAACUUUUUUGCACAAUACCGUGUACCCUGGUGUAUCCUUCUAACAUGUAUUCCCCGUUCCACCCCAAGUAAUCUGUUAAAAAUAAAUGCAAAUGUUCUCCAAAACUUAACAUUGCUGAACGAAAUACUUUAAACUGCCAUUAAACAUCUUUCAUUUCCUGCAAAGUGUAGAUAAAUGAGAGGUUCAUCUGUUUCUUGUCUUUGUUCAGUCUUCUAUGUUCCUAAAAUUAUUAUUAUUAUUAUUAUUAUUAUUAUUAUUAUUAUUAUUAUUAUUAUUAUUAUUAUUAUUUAUAAUAGUAGCAGUCCUGUAGCCUACUCGGAAACAACCAUUCACAAUUACAAAAAUACAGUAGCCUAUAUACCGUUUUAUUUUGAACACACUAAUAAAAACAAUUAUUUACUAUGUUGAUGUAUAUGUUUCAUACGCUCGCAGAUAAAUAGGAACACAGUCUAUUUUAGACACUGUUUUACACUGUGACUGGUGUGAAAGCCUCUAAGAUGUACAGUAAUCUUUAAAAAAAAAAUGGUUACACUGACGCUUUGAGUCGCGCUUGGUGUGAAAGAACCUUUACUCUUGUCUUGACAAUUGUUUCCAUGGAAACAUUUGUCAUCAGCAGAAAUGUUACCAAGCAGAACAAAAUACUGAAAGAAAGCAAAUACCACAGAAAUACAAACAUCACAGUUAAAGAAUGACUAAAAUGACAUUUUCAUUCUGCUUACUCUUUUAAAAUCUGCAAAUGUAAUAGACACAGCUCAAUACUGGGAUCUUGGCCUGCAAACUUGGCACAAUGGAACACUCCCUAACCAAACUACUGUGUGAUACACUUGACAAAAGACAAGACAAAUUAUCAGUAUUAACAAACACAUAGCUUGUUUUAUUGAUUACCAUUAAUUUAAAAUCAGUAUUCUUUGUUUUCCUCAUGGCACUAAUAUAGGCCUACUGUAGAUUUUAGCAUGUCUACAUUAUUCACCGAGUGUAACAGUCAGUGAAAGUGCCAAUGAAAAGCAAGAAAGCACACGCCCAAAUCGCCUCCUAAAGUUGGCACAAAUUUCACAUUGUAUGAGAAUUGGUAUGGUACACUGUAAUUUGAGGAAAAUGAUUAUAUUGAAAGUAAUCAUAUAUGCAGAGAAUGUACCUAACAUGACAGUCUUGUGCCAUAUGCAGGUUUUCUAGGGAAUAUGUUUUACAUACCCUUGUAUUUCCCUAAAAAUCUUUUUUUGCUCAGUAUUUAUAAAUGUUAUGUUCUCAAGUAAAACAGCAUUCCAAUGUGAAAAUGUCUCCUAUCUUUACCCAUAUAGACCCUGUGGUACCCAUUUGUGUACAUUUUUCAAUCAGUGAACCCUGUCAUAACACGCAAAACAGGUAUCAGUUGUGUUAUAAGUACCGCCCUAGACAGGAUCUUUAAUCGGCUUCCCCUAUGGACUCGGCACAAGGUGCGAUUGCCUGGAUGUGUACGAGUUUCUGGCCUACCUGUCAAAUAAUCUAACUUGUAUUUUUCAGUCAGCGAGUAAGUGUUUUCAAAUUUAAAACAGGAAUAUUUUUCAAAAAAUGAUUGCAUUGCCUCCCAAAGUCUUGGGCAUUACAGGGUUUAAUAAAAGGCAAAUACAUAUGAUAAAAAGCAUAAGCUGGUAAAAACAAUGAAUUAAAGUGUAUGGCUGUUUUUAAUGUUCUGUAACAAAUGUUUAUGGAUUUCAGUAAUCCAUCUUUGGGUCUCAGUAGUUUGGUUUAGUAGCUUCCUAUUGCACUUAAUUACCCAUGUGAAAACAGGCAUGCCCUUUCUGUGAAACUGGAUUAAUAAAUAAUGGGCCCUUAAAAUAUAAACACAAGACAAAAUUGGCAUUAAUAUUUGGAAUACACUAUAUUCUUGAUCUGGGAACACUGAGUUUAAAUUAGAACACAGUUAUAACCUUGUUGUGAACUUUAUUUUAUUUUAUUAAUAUUAUUAUUAUUAUUAUUAUUAUUAUUAAUAAUAAAUGUAUUUUACUGUAUUGAACAUGAACUCUCAUAAAUAUCAUACAGCCUUGAA